AUGCAAGUUACCGGAAGCAUUGAGAAUGUUGCAUCAUUUUUACCUCAUUUGGCUACAAUGUCCACAGACCCAUCAAAGACUAACGCACAAUACAACUCAACUGUCGGCUCAGGCAAAGAAUUCAUUGGUAACACAAUCGGCUCCCAAGACCUCAGCAAGUCAGGCAAAGAACAACACGCCCAAGGUGAAGCUGAAAGAAAGGAAGCUGAAGCCAAACAAUAUGGUGAAGGUUUAGUCGAUUCAGCAACCGGUAAGGCAAAGAACAUCGGUGGUGCUAUCACCGGUGACAAAGAUCAACAAGCCAGAGGUGCUGCCAGAGAACAGAAGGGUGAAACCAAGCGUGACUUCGCUUAA